GGAAGGCGGCACACCACAGCCUGCUGACGCGUGCGCAGCGGCCCUCUUUGCCCCCGCGCUAGUGCGCGCAUGUCGGGGCGGACACGUGACCGUGCAGCUGCCUUCGGCGGGAAUCACGGCCUGCCGCGUCUGCAGUUGCGGCGCGAGGCAAGGACACAGCGGGUGGCGUCCGCGCGAGCCGCCCUCGGUCACUGGGGGGAGGGGCGGGAAGAGGAAGGCUCGCGGCGGUUAAAAAGCGGCGGCGCACGCGCACGGUUUCUAGUUUGAAGUCAUGUCAGGAUCAACUCCAAAACAGACCUCCAGCCCGCAGACAGUUGCUGGUGUUCCGGACCCUGCUCCUGCUGGACCUGAAGGCCCAACUGACAGCUCCUUUGGUGAGCAAAACCUUAGCUUCACCACCACAGACCUCAACCUGGUGGAAAUGACGGAAAUAGAGUACACCCAGCUUCAGCACAUACUCUAUUCACACAUGGAGGCACAAGCAAACGAAAGCGAAAUGGAAGCUAGGCUCAAUUCUGCUUUCUUCUCAGCUAGUAAUCCUGCAGAUCAACCUCAGCAGCAGUCCUCAGUGAACACCAAUCAAACUGGCUAUUCAUCGUACUCUGGGAACCAGUCAGUUUACCCAGUUAUCUGUCAGUCAGGUCUGUCUUCUGACAGCAAUUUAAUGGGUUCAAACCAAUGUCUGGGGCACAUUGACUUUCAAGAGCUCAGAAUGAUGCUACUUAGUGAAUCUAAUCUCCCUUCUAAUGAAGUAGAUAAAACACCUAAUAGUAACUCUGUAGAAGUCACAGGGCACAGUUUAGUAAGAGUUAAACAUGGUGAAAAUUUUGGUGGGACAAAUAAAGAAACUGUACUUGUUGAAAAUUCAGCACCAGCUCCUGAGCCUAGAUCUAAAUCUGCAGUUCGUGUUCGUUUGGAAGACAGAUUCAACAGCAUCCAGACAGAAAAUCCCCGAUGUCAAGAGCCCCAAGAAUCUGGAGUGACUCUUAACAAUUUAGUAACACUAAUUCGUCAACCAGCAGAACUAAUGGGUAUGCCUGUUCACCAGCAGCAGAAUAAAUGUACUACAUUAGUGAAAAAUAAGACUGCUGCUGCAGCUACUGCUUUACAGUUCACAUAUCCAUUAUUUACGAUGAAUGCCUGUUCUACUUCUGGAAGUCCUAACCCUUCACAAGCACAGAACUCUGGCACAUCAUGUACUAUUUUGGAAGCUGCCAAACAUCAAGACCUUGGAUUACCUAGAGCAUUCUCUUUCUGUUAUCAUCAGGAAAUUGAAUCCACUAAACAAACAGUAGGCACUAGGAAUAAAGCUUUACCUGAACAAGUUUGGAUUAAAGUAGGAGAAGAAGCUUUAUGUAAACAAGCAAUAAACAAAAGAAGCCGCGGCAGAAUACGCCAGUUGGAUACAAAUGUAGACCGCAAACCUCUUAGUGAAAUUCAAAAUAUAUGUGAUAGCCAAAAUACUGCAUCUGCACAAGGUACUUGGCAGUCAACACAGGUAAAUUCAAGUAUGCAGGCACAGAGUGGAACUCAGGGAGGAAUCUCUCAGCGCAGGGAGAGGCAUAACCGCAUGGAAAGAGACAGAAGGCGCAGAAUCCGGAUUUGUUGUGAUGAAUUGAAUCUUCUGGUUCCGUUCUGCACUGCUGAUACUGAUAAGGCAACAACAUUACAGUGGACAACAGCGUUCUUGAAAUAUAUUCAGGAAAGGCACGGGGAUUCCCUGAAAAAGGAAUUUGAGACUGUGUUCUGUGGUAAAACAGGCAGGAGACUAAAACUAACAAGAGCUGACCCAUUAGUAACAUGUCCAAUGCAGGAAAACAUACAGAAUAGCACACCAAUGGAGAUCAAGUAAUUUGAACUAAAUACCCAGCGUUUUAUGGAAAGUAUUGAUACCUAAUGAUGCUCCAUAGCAAUUAUUUUAUAUCCACAUACUGGACUUCAUCUCCUGUGACUACUUUGAAAUUGAAGGAUCCGAGAGUGACUUGCAAAAUAUAAUUUGUAAAAAUACAUAAAUAGAACCGUAAAGAAAACAUUCUUUAUUCAAAAUGGAAAGAUAAAUGAAUUACCAACAAUAUUAAUUGAUCAGUGUCCUCUUAGAGAGCUUUGGGACCAGAGGCAACAAGAAAAUGUCAUGACAGCCACUAAAUCUCUCUCUCCCCCUCCCCCCCCAAUAGCUACCAAAAUCCAUUUUAACUUGAUAUAAUAUAGUUAGAAAUUGUUAUAGACAGUCAACCUGUCCUAUUGUAUUUAGUCAGUCAUGAAUGUACAUUCCUAUUAAAUGUAAAAUAAAUAAAUAAAUAUGCCAUUAUAGUGCCCAUUUCGCAAUUGGAACAGUGAGAAAAUUAAAUUGGUUAGUGCUUGUAUAAUAAGUACACAUCUUACAAACAAUAUUAUAUGCAUUGGAAUUCAGAUUUGAAGUUCAUAUUGAACCGUACAUCCCCAUAGGA